GAUCACCAGGACCACCCGGUCUUACGGGCCCAAGAGGGUUGAAGGGAGUUCCAGGCGUCAACGGACCCCCUGGACAACUUGGUGAGAUGGGGCCAAGGGGACCACUUGGCAAACAAGGAGAGGAAGGGCCUGAUGGUAUUAUCGGUAUUCCUGGUGUUCCUGGACCCCAGGGAAAACCAGGGGGCGACGGACCACCAGGUCAAAAAGGAGACCCUGGAGAUGUGGGAAUUGAGGGAGACAUUGGGAGUCCAGGACCACCGGGUCUAAAAGGCGCCAAUGGAAAACCAGGAAACCAUGGGCCUUCAGGUGAUCCAGGUUUGAAAGCACAGCGUGGGAUGAAAGGAGAUUCUGGCCAAAAAGGAGAUUUAGGUCCUCCGGGGCUGACAGGUAAACAGGGAUUCAGAGGCAGAGGAGGGCAGUCGGGUGUACAGGGAGAGACUGGCCCUACUGGACCUGCUGGUUUACCAGGGCCCACGGGCUAUGAUGGAUCUGUUGGAGAUCCGGGGAGACAGGGAAGAGAUGGACCUAAGGGAGAGAGAGGCCAUCCUGGUAUCCAAGGUGCUUCUGGACCACGAGGAGACAAGGGCCGGGCAGGCCAAGGGGGAUUCACUGGUUUUCCAGGACCUUUGGGGGAGAUGGGAAAAUCAGGAGAACCAGGACCUGAAGGAAAGCCCGGUAUUAAGGGAAGAACAGGGGUCCCUGGAGGAACCGGAUUUAAAGGUCAAAAGGGACUGCAGGGUGUUUCAGGGAGUAGAGGACAGGACGGUAUUCACGGUGCAACUGGAUCGAUUGGACCACCAGGAUCAGAUGGAGGUAGAGGACCUCAUGGUCCCUGGGGUUUACAGGGAAGACCUGGUGCACCAGGAAUCCAAGGUCCCGUUGGAAAAAGUGGGGAACCAGGGAGCUUGGGACUCACUGGCAAACCUGGAAAGCCUGGAAUCAGAGGUGUCAAAGGCAGAGAGGGUUCAGAAGGGCUUCACGGCAGUCCUGGAGAGAAGGGGAAAAGUGGUCCUGAGGGGCCCAAAGGAAAACCUGGUCAGCCAGGUCCUCGAGGCCUACCAGGAGAGAAGGGCUACAGAGGACCUGCUGGCCCACAAGGAAACAUAGGCCAGUGGGGUGAGACAGGUCUGCAGGGGCCGGUAGGAAAUCAAGGGUCCAGAGGACCGCCGGGGCCACAAGGAGUGGCUGGGUACCCAGGUAAAGAUGGACCACCUGGACCCCUCGGACCUCCAGGAGAUAAAGGUGAUAAGGGACUGAGAGGAGCCAGUGGGCUGAAGGGAGUUGCCGGUAUCGACGGUGAGGAGGGCUCAGGGGGUGAAUCUGGAGCAGUUGGACCAGCAGGAAGCAAAGGCUUGUCUGGUGAGAAGGGUAAUGAAGGAUCUUUUGGUGAUCGUGGCCCAAAGGGAAUCCAAGGAGAGAGUGGAAAUCAAGGACCAACUGGAGUCAAAGGACAAAAAGGACGAGAAGGGUUGAGUGGUGCUCCAGGGCAGAAGGGAGAUCCUGGAUCCCCUGGUGAAAAAGGUCAGACAGGUGUGAGAGGUUACUCUGGGUUGAUAGGAAAGUAUGGUCCUGGAGGGAACAUGGGCAAAUCUGGUGAAAAAGGCGACAAAGGUCUACGUGGACUUCUUGGCACUGCAGGAACAAUUGGGCCACCAGGUCCUAAUGGUGCUAUUGGGUUACCGGGUUUGCCAGGAAAAAACGGAUUUGUUGGACAAAGUGGAAAAUUUGGACCAAUAGGAGAACCUGGAGUUAAAGGGAAUCCAGGCAGCCCUGGGAAGAUUGGAUCAAUGGGCGUUUCAGGCCCAAGUGGGAAGAAAGGAGAGCCUGGAACAAGAGGCAGAAUGGGGCCAAUGGGUCAGCUGGGAGCUGUGGGUCCUCGCGGACUAAAGGGAAAACUAGGAUCUUCAGGGCCUUCAGGGGAAAAAGGAGUCAAGGGUCAACCAGGGCCAAAAGGGAUGAGUGGUACUCCUGGAAGGAGAGGAAGUAAAGGUGUUGCAGGAAAGCCAGGACCUCAAGGACCAAAAGGGAAACAUGGUAAUCCUGGUCUACCUGGAAAGCCAGGACGUAGUGGUACAGAUGGAUUGUUGGGAGUUAUUGGCACUGAAGGCGACCCAGGAGACAUUGGUUUCCGAGGACCUCUGGGGAAACCAGGUUCUCCAGGUAGUGCUGGUGCCCCAGGAACACCGGGUUUGGAAGGGAGUCAAGGAGUACAUGGGCCAAAGGGCACUGUAGGACCCAAAGGGAAACCAGGACCUAUUGGGCUGAUAGGACCAAAGGGGAUUCCGGGACUUCAAGGUGAAAAGGGAGAUGUUGGACAAAAGGGACCAAAGGGCCAUGUUGGUAUAAGAGGAUUGCAAGGGCCCAGCGGACCACCAGGAGAAAAGGGAAAGCAAGGUGCUCCAGGGUACAAGGGACAGCCUGGGCAGAAAGGCAUACAGGGGGAAGCUGGUGCUCGUGGGCCUCCUGGUGGCAAAGGACUCCCUGGUUCACCUGGUCCAACUGGAAGGAAGGGUAUGAAAGGAGUUCAGGGAAUAUCAGGACAGAAAGGUGUGAAAGGUCAGAGAGGACUUCCUGGAAAACCAGGUGUUCCCGUCCAGCAGAUACCAGGGCGUCAUACUCCACCUCAUGCUCCAAGAAGAGGUUUACAAAAUAAAGUAAGGUUAUUAUCCAGAAAUUCUCGAUUUGAUAACCCUGAAGAAGUGAUUGAGGAAAAUAGCCGCUGGCAAGGCACAAAAGACAGCCCAGCAACCACCUGCAGAGAACUCCAUCUCAUCCAGCCUCACCUCAGAGAUGGGCACUACUAUAUUGAUCCAAACCAUGGGUGUCCAUUUGAUGCUCUCCAUGUGUUCUGUAAUUUUACUGCUGGUGGUCUAACUUGUGUGUCUCCUGUCCGGUCUAAAAUCUCAGGGAUGUGGCCAUCAGCGGACGGAUCUAAAAAGUGGUUUAGCGAGCUUCAAAGAGGCUUCAAGUUUGAGUACAGAGAUCUCGAUGUUGUCCAACUGCGAUUCCUACGGUUACACAGUACCUCUGCCAUACAAAGCAUCAGCCUGACAUGUUCUAAAAAACACGGGCCCACUGCUAAACACCAGGAUACCACCAAGAGAGUGUUACGCUUAUGGGGAGACUCCAAUGAAGAAAUCCAUCCAUCCCACGUCCUCAUAUCACAACAUGGUUGUGAGGUAACAGCACAGGUGAGGGUUCUCGGGAAUUCUGAGCUCCACGGAGGAGACAUACAACUCCUUCCCAUAAGAGAUGUUCUUUUGCAGGGUGGAGGAGAAAUCGUCCUUGGACAUGUGUGCUUUUUAUAGCAUCUUUCCAAAAACAGAUUCCAUUCACAGAGCACCUGGAAGGAGUGCAUUGUUCCCAUGGGACAUGCGCUACAAUUAGGCUUUGAAUAUUGUAUAAUAAUUUAAGGUAGAUUAUGAUUAGUGAAUUUGUUCUCCAGGGUUUAUAUUAUUUAGAUUUCUGCUACACUGCAAGUACUGUGUGUGAGAGCAUGUGAAUUUAUUUAGACUUGUGUGUCAGUGUGUUGUGAGUAUUUAUGUAAUGAUUUAUUUAUGUAAGUUUGUAAGAAUUUAUGGAGGAAAAAAUCAUUUAUUA